CAUAGACAUAAACUAUCAUAAGUUCUCGUAAGAUUGCCUGGCAGAAAUCGCUUUUAAGCGAUAAGGCCGCCUUUUGCAAUCUACUUCUUUCUCCAUGUUUCAGUUUUUCUUGUUAAUAUGUUUGAUGUUGUGUACAAAUACAUAUUUAUGUUAAUUUUAAUACUAAGCUCAUUUAGCAGCCUUUGAAGCCACGUGUGGGACGGACGUUUGUCACAAACACGAGCCCAAAAAGCGAUUACAAUCAACAAACACUAACAACACCAUGCUUGGCGAACGGGUUAGUAUAUUCCGGACGGGAAAAAAUUGGCAAACGAGUUUGUGGCAGCAUUUACUUGCGGGUUGACUAACUUAGGACUAUUUUAUUUAAAAAAAAAAUUUCACAAACACUGACUUUGAUAAACAACAAAAAAGAAAAAUAAAUAUUUUCUACAACAUUUAUAAGUCGGUGCCAAGUAUACAUAUGUUCCACCGAAAGAAACUCUUCCUUUUCUUGAAUACGGCGUAAGAAUGCUUAAUUUUAAUUUUACCUAAGUACCUAUUUACAGAAUGGCAGGAGCAAACAUCCAUCCGCCCGUCUGUGUUUAUUGUUCGCUGUUUGCCCAGCGAUAGUAUGGAUGCGGCUUAAAAAUGUGCAUCACCUUUGACGGUUUGUCGGCAAUAGGGUUACCAGUUACUGUACCAUUAUUACCCCUAGCGUGCGGAGUAGGUCUUUUACGUGAUAUGUCGAACGUUACCUAUGGGCUAUUUCUCGCUGCAGCCUCACUCACCUGUUGCCGAGUGCCUCGCACGAGCGCCCUUGCGGGGAAAUCAGGCGACGAUGCCUCGAGGCCCGUACCCUUGGGCGACCGAGCGCAAAGAACUAGGGAUCUCAUAAGGAUUUUAAAACAGCUUUUACCUGCUAAGAUGUUUAUAAAAAGUCUCAACAAAGUACUCUGUGCACAGCUGUGGUGCAUUGAUACAACGAGCACAGAUUUUUCGGCGUCGCAUUAAAGACUUACAGCAAUAAGUACAUCACUUAAAAAUAAUUUCAUAAUAAUCAUUUAAUCUGUAUUCUGCGUCAUUAGCAAAUCUUUGUAAAGCUCUGAAGGCAAAAAAAAAACUGUCAACUGUUCUAGGUUGUGUUUACAAAUAAAUCGUUUGAAAUAGUUAGUAUUAGUUUUUAUAACGUUGUUUGUCUAUUUUUCCUACAUAAAUGUAAGUAAUAUUAGGUCGGCUUCAAUUUAAAAUAUCAACUGGCCGCUACAAUCGGUAAACCUUAAAAAGUUAAACUAUUGCAUGAGUUCAGUGUUUUCCUUUUUAUCAUUUAUCAAAAAAAUGGAAGAGGUAUUUUUACGAGUCGGUAACAAGGUUUUUAAAGUGAACAAAGAGCUUUUAUGUACACAUAGCGACUAUUUUCGCGCUAUGUUUAGUGGAUAUUAUGUUGAGAGUGUAAAAAAGGAAAUCAAUAUAAAUAUGCUAGAUCCUGAUAUAACAAGUAUAAUACUUCAAUACAUGCAUGGUAUGAUAUUUCUAACUGAAUACUCAUUCUCAACCAUUGGUGAAAUAGCAGCAGCAGCCAAUUUUCUGCAAAUAUCAAAACUCAUAGAGCAGAUACAGGAAUUCUUGAAUAGUCGGUUAUGUUUGAAUAACUGUAUUGAGAUUAUGUUAGCUGCUCGAUAUGCAUCUUAUACACAACUAGAACAAACAUCUUCAGCAUGUGGGCUGUAUUCUUUUAAAUUUAUGAAGCUAGAAUAUAUUACGACACUCAACAAUUUAGUAUGGUAUUUGUCUCACCCGUAUUUAGAUUCACACAAUGAAUUUCAUGUUUUCCAUUUUGGUUUUAAGUGGCUUUGCAAGAACCAUAAACUGGAUGAUACAUUACUAAUUCUUGCCUGCUUAGAUAUGAAAAGAGUCACUUAUGACAAUCUUGUGGAUAUAAAGGAAACCUUAAGUGACUAUGUCAGUCGCCUUUCAGACAGUUUGGUCUUAGAAAUAAUAGAUUUACUCUUGUUUUUAACUAGUCAAAAAAUCAAAAUAUCUGAGUCUAAGGUGCAUGAUCUUAAAGAUCAGUUGUGUGAAAAGUUCUCGGAAAGUGUUUGGUCUGAAUCUUUGAGUAUAGUUAAAGAUAGUAUUACCCGCCUUCUGAAGUAUGUGCCUUUGGUGUCCUGCCAUAUAAGAAAUAAUGAAGAACCUGAAGAAUCGCAACAAUGUUUGUACAGUUUUGACGAGGAUAAGGGAUUUGAACAAUAUUUAGAGGUGGCGGACAUAAAUCUCCGUGGUUGGAAUGCUACUAGCUGGGGUUUGACAAAACUUGUGUUUGUUGGUGGUGAAUAUGGAAGAGGGACAGGAGUAUUUUUCAGAGAUAUUAAGGUAUAUGACACUUUGAAGAAGAAAUGGACAUUGUACGAUGUAGAGUUACCAUCAAGGAGAAAUGCAGGUGUCACUACUGUGGGAGAUCUUCUGUAUAUUGUGGGAGGUGUUAAUGAAUAUGGGAUGAUGAUGGACACAGCAAUUGUGUGCGACUUAAAAGAAAGAAGCUAUAGAUAUAUAGCAAAUCUGCCUGAUCGCAUCGAAACCGUGGCAAUUUGUACGCAUAAUCACAAAGUGUAUGUAGCCGGACGGUAUAGCAUUUACUGCUAUGAAACUUACGGUGAUAGAGAUUUUUGGGAGAUGGUUAUUGGUACUGACAGUGGAAGAAUAAAGUUUCUGCGGUCAUAUGACAAAUAUAUUUACUGCCUCCAAAGUCUGAACAGAAAGUUAUACAGGUUUCGACCUCACAUAGAUAAAGAGCUACAUCGAAUAGUAGGCUUUACGAGUGCACCAGUUACGGUCGCAAUAUGCAAUAUUGGUACCAAUCUCUUGGUGUUUAACGCCUGGAAGUAUGGUAAAUUCAUUGUUCAAGAAUACACAGGGAAAUCGAAUCCUGAGUGUGCACGGGUUAUUAACGUGAACACGAUUAACAUGUCAAUCGACACUGCGGUAGACUCUUGUUCAGUGGUCGACACACUGCCCAACCUUUAUACAGAUCUUCCUGAAUACCACAGGCUGUACCUUGAGAGAAAUGCCAAUUAUACAGAAUUAGGUUAAUAAACUAUACGAUUUAGGUUAGGUAGGCAGCGACGAGUUUGCAUUUCCGACGGAUUUUUAGACUUUUUCAAGGAGCAUUUUUAAGAAAUUUGCAAUUGUAUCGUCACCAUUAGUGAAGCGUGGAUCCGUCGAUGAGACAAUAUUAAUAUAAAAGUCAAUGCAGAAAAAAGGAGGGGAAACCUCAGCAAAGGAAUUCAGUUUCUGCGAGACAAUUCGUCGGUUCAAGCAGCAUAUAUUGCGAGCAAUGCACGAUGAAGUUACUAUCCUAUCCUAUAGUAUAGAUCUGACUCCUAGCGAUUAUAAUUUAUUAAAAAAAAUAUAUAUACAUUUGGGGA